GUAUAGUCAAAGAUUAAACAGGAAUUUUAAGCAGACUUUUCUCUGGGGAUCUUGUAUGUAUUAAGCUUUUAUCUCAUAGUUGUGAAAGGCUUAAAACUGAAGAUCCAGAUCUCUUCAGCUCCUGUCUCUCCCUCCUGUUUCCCGUCAUGGUCGAUGUUUUAAGCUGCAUGCUUCACAGCCAGUUCGAUGAGUGUGGGCUCAACCUCCUCCCAAAUUCCUCAAUUCUUCACGCUUCGUAGGUUAUCGUGUGUUGAGAUGCUAUCCAGCUCAUUCCUUAUCACUACAGGAUUUUCACAGAAAAGCGUCUGUCUUCUGAACGGUGUGAGCGGUGAGAGGGUCAAAGUUAAAUUGGUAAAAGGCUCAGUUACAUGUCAAAAAAACAUAAAUUUUUACUCAGUUUUAUCAGCAUUUUGAUAGUUGCUGAUGAUCUAAUGACUGUUUCUAAUCUGUAUUACAGAGGAUUCAUCAUUACACAACAUGUUGCCAGUGCUGUAGUGUAAACCUAUUGUCCUAUUGUCUUUGAUUUGAUACAAUGGUGCAAAUGAAACAACUCUGCUACUGUGUGAGUUUUAGAAAACUUAAACUGAACACACAUACCUGGUGCAUAACCAUGUGGUUUACAUUGAUCCCUCCAUAACUUGCCUUUUAUUCACUUGGCUCUUUCACUUCUCUGCGUGGUCUUCUCCAUCUUUAUCAUUUUACUUCUUCACUCCUUCUUUUUGGCAGCGGAGGCAUUCUUUGGCCUCUUGUGGUUAUUUUCAUUGGGAAUCUGAUCUGGCACCCCACUGGGUAUAGCCUUGUCAUGUUUAUGUUCACAGUCAGGUUCAGGGGGCUGUUUCUAGGUUUGUAGAGCCCCACCCAUCUGACCUUUGAACCCCUGACACCUCUUUCUCUCUGAAUGCUUUACUGUCCUCGCCAUUUUAACAUAUUGGAACAACACACUCUUGAAUGGUUUUUAUUCUUGAAUAAACGUCUCACUCUUUCCUCUUCGUUAGCGGGUAGUACUUGUUAGUGACGAGAGAGUUAAAGUUUUUCACACUCAUGUUUGAGAUAUGUGCUCUGCAGGUGGAGUCUUAUCUAUAAAUCUAUUGCAUGCAGAUUGAUGGAUGAUAUUGCUCUGCAGCAGCUGGCCAUGGAUUUAGACGCUCCUCAGUGGUGUUAUUUUAUCAUCCUCCUCUCUAGGUUACUCUUGUUCAUGGGGGAUUUGAGAAACCCUACUUUCUUUAUCAAAAUAAAGAAGUACCCCUGCCUGUUCGCUGUGUGUGCUCGUGUCUGAGCACCUGUUGACAAUUUACGCCUGCGUAGCUCUGUCCAGCUCCUCUGUCUGGUUGCAUAUUUAAGCUCUGUCUCUGGGAGAUAAAUCAGCUCCAGUGUAAAUUCUCACUGCUAAGCUCUCACUGAUUCCUCUUUUGACAUUUUUCCAGAUGAGCAGAGAACUAAGAACGCACAACAGUCCAUUUUGGCAGAGAUGUUAUUAUGAUAACUCGCUAUGCCGUUCUUUAAUAAAGAGCACAUGGCGUCACAGGUUUCAAAUGUGUCACUUUCUGUUCCUGUCUUAGCUGUAAAAAGGGAUAAUAUCUGUCCAACAUGUCCAACUUUAUGGCACGUUGAAUUAACUGUGUGCCAUAUCAUCAUGCUCAGCCUUUAUGUAAAUCGUAUAAGUCACAUUUUGAUUCUAUAAGAUUUGACAGUCACUUAAAAGAUAAUGUGCACCACAACACAGGAUCAUGAACUAAAGAGGGAAGCCAGUUCCAGGAAAAGCACAGAGGCAGAUUUACAAUCUGUUUUGGAGAUGUGGAUGAAGAACCACAGAGUUCUCAAAACAGGCGAUAAUACACACCGGGAUGCCAAACAACCAAUACACUGGAGGAAUAAAGCUUUCAUCACCUUCCAGUGUUUUUGUGGGAAUCACACAUCCACUCUGACCCUGCCAGCACUGAGUUUUGGUUUCUCAUUGGGAGGUAGUCAAAUCACACUAUUGUGUUGGUUUUAAUUUCCUGAAAACUGUCCUGAUGAAUAAAAAUUCAGAACUUUAUCACAACUUAAAUUCCAGUAAGUAUCUAAAACUAACACAAUUGUGGAUUUUGUUUUACUCUUUUCUCUUACUUUAACUUAAUGUGGCCUGUUAAACUAAAAAACGAUGCAAUGAAAUGCCUUAAAACAUAGUCAUGCCUCUAAACGAAACCAAAUGAGGAGGCACUGGAGAUACUUUAACAUCCUUGUAUGUUUUUUAGUGAAUUAUGUAUUGUAGCCUGUCAGCACAUUGUGUUAGUCUGGGCCACAGUGUUACAUAGUUUUUACAAUAUUCGGCAAAGUGAAAAAUUAGCUUGGUUAUUGGAUUUGAUUUAUUUUUCAGCCACAAUCAUCUGUGUCUUGUGAAACGCAUGAGUACAACUUAAAUUGUAAUGGAUUUAAAGGACCAUUGAGCAUAGUUAAUCCAGAAAUAACAGUAUUCUGUGGGUGACUAAUAUACAGAAACUAGAGGCAGGUUUCCACUUUUGUUUUGAGCAAAGAUACAACAGUUGGUGUCAGGAUGAAUCAGAAGGAGGGUUGAGAAAGUAGAGGGGAACAGAAGGGAGCAGAGUCACAGUGUGAGCGUGUGUGUGUGUGUGUGGGAAACAAGGACAAACCUGGAGCAGCUUACCAAAACUUUACAUUAUAUCGGCGUUGCAACUGUCAUGAUGGUUUCUCUUCUGUUUGCAUUCUUCGUGGCAUUCUGCCGGCUUGAGUGAUCUCAUGGAAUGCACAUGGGAUUUUUCUUCAAGAAAACGUUUAGCUGAUCCCUGCGCUCGACUGCUGUCUUGCUCAGCUGGAGUCUACACAUGGGUCCAUUUGAAUGAGUUUUGUGGAGAAAAUCGCAGUCUUUUUCAGAUCUGUUUAACGGGAUUUGGGAUGUGAUCCAAGGAGCCUCUGCAGACUGCAUCGAUGCUGUACUGAAGGUGAAGGAAAAUGCGGAUAUCAUUAUUCAUUUGGAUUCUGCACUUCAUGAAUCUCACAAAAGGCCAGGAUAGCACUAAACUGAUGCCAUAUAGACGCAAUUCUUCAGUGAGCAGACUCUGUCCAGCAGGUUGUGCGACAUGUUCAGCGCUGAAUGGGUGCUUGUCCUGUAAGCCCCGCCUCUUCUUCCACCUGGAGCUGGAUGGGAUGAGGCAGAGGGGCACCUGUCUGUCCUCCUGUCCCCGAGGCCACUACGGCAUGCGAUCUCCAUACAUCAACACCUGCACCAAGUGUAGGGAUGACUGCGCCUCCUGUUUCAGUGAAAACUUCUGCACUCGUUGCCACCUGGGUCACUUCCUGUUCCGGGGCAGAUGUGAAAACAGCUGUCCAAAUGGACUAACGGCAGACACAGAACUACGGGAAUGCACAGAGUGUCCUCCAGGUUGCGAGCUGUGCAUGAAGAGGAACACAUGCGUGAGAUGCAGAACAGAUCUGUAUUUCCAUCAGGGACAAUGCCAUCUCACCUGCCCGAGCGGAUUCGAGCCUGAUGUGCAGCUGAUGCAGUGUCUCGCACAAGUCUCUCCUCUCAUAGUGCACUGUGAGGUCGGGGAAUGGACAGAGUGGAGUCCAUGUGCUCGUAAACGCAGCAUGCGAGCCUACAGGAGGGGAGAAGAGACGCGAACACGAGAAGUCCUGCACUCCCCAAGUCUCUAUGGUGACCCCUGCCCACAUGUGUCAGAAAUCAGAAAGUGUGUUAUAAAAAAGCGACAGAGUUUGACAAGGUAAUAAACGAUGUACUGCAGUCCUAAUGAGCUCCUCAUCUUCAUCAGAUAAUCACAAAACAUCAUGUACAUUGUAAAAUGUAUUUAUCUCUGUAAUCAAUAUCUUUACAGCUUCACUUACAAUCGCAGAAAAAAUUAUUAGACCAUUAAAAGUCAUCAAAAACAAUGGUUAUGCAAUCAAGUACUAACUCCUGUGUGUAUCAUGUGACUAAAACAGACAGAAAAGAA